CCGUUCGAUGAUCGAGUUGGUCGAUGUAUAAGGCGUUCGAGUUUCAGUGUUCUACUGUGUUACAGUAUGUAGCCUAGACGGGGUGGAAAGGCUAGGUAGAGUGAUGCGGAAUUUAAAGCGUAUUAAAAGAUGAUUUUUUGAAUUUUCCAGUUAAUUUUGAGCUAUAGUAAACCACCGAUUACAGACCGCACUUACCAAAUCAGCAGAUAUGAAGGUUCACCGUACUGUUCUAGCGCGUUUACUAUCAAACAGAAACGUUACCUAUCUUGUCUAUCUAAUAAACUAAACCACAAGCAAAUAUCCUUAUCCAACACAUUACAACAAACUACAGCAACAAAUUUUAACGAGAAUAAGCUUUAAUAAGAAUAAGGUCAUAAUCUUUCCCCACUUUCACAGGCGACAACAAAUGCUCCACAGAAUAUCGUAGUUGGGGCGUCUCCGUUAUUUAUUCUGUCCAAUCAGCAAAUGGGAAAUCAGGAAAUUCUGAUGACGAAUGAAAUAAACGCGAUCGGCAGAUUCCGAUGGCGCGGAAUAAAGUUCGGUGGGCAGAGCAGAAAUUUGGCUUGUGUUAUGGAACCAUUUAGUUACUCAACUUCUACUUCUGACCAACCUAUGUCUGACCAACCUGCAUGGAUCACCACUGCAUUAUCUACAGAUAAUGAGAAGGAUUCUGGAUCUGGGACAGAAUUAAAUACUUCCUCUGAGGAAAUGAACACUGAAAGUAUUCCAACAUCACCAGGGCUAACUGUGCCAGCAAAAACGACGAACGAGACAGCAAGCAUGGCAAAUAAUGGGUCACUGGGGUCCAGAACUUAUCAUGGAAGCAUCGGGCACAAGGCAGGGAAGCACCCAGAAGGAGGCACCAACCCAUCGUGUACAGGACCAAGUGGUGGCGAUUGUGAUGCAGCUUUUGUUUACGAUUACAGUUCCCUUCGGCAUGUGGGGUUAUUUGUGGCUGCGGUGCUCUUCUUGAUGGGAAUCGCAGUGGUGACGUUUGGUAGAGUGUGCCGGAAGUCUAGGUGCCAUGUAACUUCAGGAAAGUUUUACGAGGUGAACAGAGUAUAAAUAAGAUGAACAUUCAUUGAUGUUGUUAUUAAGUUAUGAUUGUGAUUAACUCAUAGUCUUGUAAAAUGCAUACAGUAAUGUGUAUAAAAGCAUGAAUACCAAUUGCCAAAAACUUAAAAUUUUAUAAAUUUAAUCCAUCCAUCCAUCCAUCUUCCAGUAGCUAAUCACGUUCCAAGUUUGUUCUUGAGAGGCAAGUUAGCAAAGGACCAAGAACACAAGUAGGAUCUUUGCAUUCUCAGUAUUGAGAAACACUCUACGAUGGUGUACAGUAUGUGUGUGUCCUGUGACAUAUUGGCAUCCCAUCCAGGGCAUACCCUAGCCUUGUGCUGCCUGGGAUAGGCUCCAGGGUCCCCUUGACCUUGACCAAGAUAAGUGUUUGGAAUAUAGAUGGAUGUAUGGAUGUAGUAACUACAGCUAAAUUAUUCAAAAAUGCUUUAUGAAUGGUACUUUGUUAGUAGUUUUAGAUUUUCUUCUUUACAUCAUUGUAGUUACGAUAAACCCUGUCUGAAAAGUUUGAGGGAUUGCUCAGAUAUAUGCAUAUUACUUUUUUUGUCAAACACCAUGCUUCAGCAAAAAGUUACCUAAGCAGGACAUUGCCUAAAGAACAGACUGAAGACUGGCAGGAAGUACAGCAGAAACCAUUUAUUAUUAUUUGGUCCACGUACGUGUUUGAAUAUAUACAACGGAUAAUUAAUCACAUACCAACUGUUAAUAAAAUUUCAAUGUAAAA